CAGGGGGGAGUGGACAGACGGAGCUCAGUUUAUUGUUGAACAAGAAAACCGGUUUGUUCGUGUAGUUUUGAUUUAUGCGAUGGCGAAAAUGUAGAUAAUCAAUAUGCAGCUUGCGCACCCUUGAACCCUGCGUGUAAAUCGUCUACAUUUCUGCGGAAUCAUUCGCUGUCAACAAUAGAGCCACGGAUGCGCUCGCGUGCUGCACCCAAAGCCAAGUUUCGUGUCGGUAUAUAUGAAUAUAGUCUCAAUGCUUUUUAUCGUUAUUUUGCAUCCUAUAGAUGUGAAUAUAUUGACGUCAACUUUAACUGCAUCUUUUGCAUUAGCAACGUCCUGCCGGGGAUGAAUGAACAAGGAAGAUGAAUCGAGGUCAGUUCAAAGGGAAUAACAAAGAGAACCUGAUCUGCAGUCUCGCGAGCAACCAUUAGCGGAAGCGGCACGUUGGUGUGUUUGACAUUUGAACUUCGCAGUAUCGCUCGAGACGGUUUGAAGUGGAGCCACUGGAAACCAGCCUUUACAUAUUUGGCGAAUUUAGUCGAAUAUUUACUGGCUAAAAAUACAGUUAUUUCAGUAAAAAUUCAGUUAAGUGAGAGGCUUUGAGUUUACUAGUCGUGUCGUGCCUCUUAAACGUUAUUUCAAAAACUCAGCUCGCGCGUUCGGGUAAUUACCGGUUAAACCUGGAGCUGGCCACGGAUAACUGAGAAUGACGACGACUCAACGUUACGCGAGUGUGAAGCAAGGUUAAGCCUUGUGCCCGGUACGACCCAGCAAGGCCACCCCCUAUGUGGAUUGAAUGCACCCCUCAGUUCCCUACAGGAUGGAUGAGCUGGAUGUGAGGGCUCCUGUUUAUUAUCGUCAUCAACAUAUUUUGAUCUGUGCAUGGAUACUGCGUUACUUUUAUCACAGAGCACUCCCUGUGCUUCACUCCAACACUUUAGUUUGCAAAAGUAUUGACUUUAUCUGAACUGCUGUUUUGAGAGGAGGGAGUCUUAGUAAAUCUCUUCUGGGACUAAAGCAAUCUCGUCUCAAUAUUGUAUAUUAAUACUGCCUUUGGUUGCAUGGAUAGGAUAUAAGGUUUGACCCAACUGCUCACUCCACUGGGUGAAGAAAUGUCUGAAAAUCUCGACAAGAUGGUCAAGUUCCUUUCCCCCCCUUCGAAGAAUGUCAAUGGAUCCAGCUCAGACUCGCUGGUGGGCGAGCGUCUAGGUGUCGAGGUCCGGCGUCGUCACCACACCAUGGAGCGAGAACUGUUGAAGGCAGAGCACCGGUUCUUCCGUCGUAGUGUCAUCAAUGACUCUAAUGCCACGGCUUUGGAGCUGCCCAGCAAGAAUUGUAUUCUAGCCACCUCAACAGACUGCCCUGCUCCUGUUUGUGAAUAUCCUGCCCUAGAAACCAAAGCUGCAUCGUCAACCGCACUCCCUGAUGCAUCGGUAAAGAAGAACAUUGAUGGAGCAAAAGAUGGUGCCAGUGUAGAGAUAGCCAUAGAGCCAAAGCCAGUGGUGAUUGGUAGCGAUGGAGAAGCCAGGCAACUUCUUUCCACAGAACAACCAUGUUUGGCUGCAGAGCUGAAGUCUGGAGAUAAUAUUGACAAGAAACGAGAGGGUGAGAAAGUAGAAGAUGAAGAUAAAGAGAAGGCACGAGCAGAGGCAGAGUUGCGGGAAGCAGAGAAGAAAGAGCAAGAGGACAUUGAGGAAGUUGAGACGCAGGCAGUCGGGACGUCACCGGAUGGACGCUUUUUAAAGUUUGACAUUGAAAUUGGACGUGGCUCUUUUAAGACAGUCUACAAGGGUCUGGACACAGAAACCACUGUGGAGGUAGCAUGGUGUGAGUUGCAGGAUCGCAAGUUGUCGAAGUCAGAACGCCAGCGUUUUAAAGAGGAAGCCGGAAUGCUGAAGGGUCUUCAACAUCCCAACAUAGUCCGCUUCUAUGACUCCUGGGAGUCUUCAAUGAAAGGGAGGAAGUGUAUUGUCCUGGUGACUGAACUCAUGACAUCUGGGACUCUCAAGACGUAUCUGAAAAGGUUUAAGGAGAUGAAGAUCAAAGUGCUGCGCAGUUGGUGCCGGCAAAUCCUGAAGGGUUUGCACUUCCUCCAUACCAGGUCGCCUCCCAUCAUCCACCGGGACCUCAAGUGUGACAACAUUUUUAUCACUGGCCCUACCGGAUCAGUCAAGAUUGGAGACUUGGGCCUGGCUACGCUAAAGAGGGCCUCCUUUGCCAAGAGUGUCAUAGGUACCCCAGAGUUCAUGGCGCCUGAGAUGUAUGAGGAGAAGUAUGACGAGUCGGUCGAUGUGUAUGCCUUUGGGAUGUGUAUGCUGGAGAUGGCUACUUCUGAGUACCCUUACUCCGAGUGUCAGAAUGCAGCUCAGAUCUAUCGCAGAGUUACCAGUGGGGUGAAGCCUGGCAGUUUCGACAAGGUGGCUAUUCCUGAAGUGAAGGAGAUCAUUGAGGGCUGUAUACGUCAGAAUAAAGAUGAGAGGUAUUGCAUCAAAGACCUCCUGAGCCAUGCCUUUUUCCAGGAGGAGACUGGGGUUCGUGUAGAAUUGGCAGAGGAGGAUGAUGGAGAGCUGGUGGCCAUAAAGCUGUUGCUGCGCAUUGAAGAUGUAAAGAAGCUUAAAGGAAAAUACAAGGAAAAUGAAGCCAUUGAGUUUUCCUUUGACUUGAGCAAAGAUAUCCCAGAUGAUGUUGCCCAAGAAAUGGUUGAUUCAGGCUAUGUUUGCGAGGGUGAUCAUAAAACCAUCGCAAAGGCCAUAAAGGACAGAGUGUCCCUGAUUUGCCGUAAAAGAGAGCAGAGAAAACUGGUAAGAGAGGAACAGGAAAAGAGAAAGAUGGAGCAGGAGAGGGGACUCCAGGCUCAGAGUGAAACCCCACUGCCUGGACCGCUUGCUCACGCAACUGCCGUGCCCCCUGGUCCCACUCUGGCUCCAGUCAUCAUGGAGUCUGAGGAAUCGGAGGCUGAUCAGCACCAGCAGCUGCAACAGCCUGGAGCCUCUGUUUCCACUGGGGGUUUUGUGGACCCUCAAGGUUCAGGGAUUGUCCCUGAGUCUCAGCCUGUUCAGGCAGGCGUGUCUUUCAGCUCUGUACAACCUGAGCCGCAUCCACAGCUGCCUCCACAGCACACCUUGACCCAUCCACAAAGCAUGCCCCAAGCACAGGUCCCUCUGCAGGCCAGCAGUACUUUGACAGUGGGCCCCAUCCCCCAGACCGGAGCUGUGGCCCCAUCACAGGUGAUGGGCCAGCCAUCCUCUCUGCCCCCUGCUGUUCAGCCUACCGUCCCCCUGCAGUACCAUCAGCCACCUCAGGAUGACAGCAUUCCCACUCAGACCAUCAUUCCACCUCAAACACUGCAAGGGCCACAUGUCUUGCAGGCACCUCUGAGCAUAUCUCAACUGCAGCCCCCAGAGCAGACACAACCUCUGGUUCCAACCUCCACAGAGAGUGGUCACUCAGAUGCUGUGUCUGGUCUGAGUGAUGGGAACGAGGGCAGGCACGAGGGGCGUUCCAUGAAACGACCCCAACAGCGUUCUGUGCGCAGCUGUUCACGCCACGAAAAGAUGGUCAAGGCCAAGCUCAUGGUACUCAAUAUUUCUAAUAUUGGUGACAGAGUGGCUGAAUGUCAGCUGGAAACCCACAACAGGAAGAUGGUCACAUUCAAGUUUGAUUUGGAUGGAGAUAAUCCAAUAGAAAUAGCUGAAAUAAUGGUCAAAAGUGAUUUCAUCCUGGAGAGUGAGCGGGAGUCUUUUAUAAAACAGGUUCAAGAGGUCAUUCAAAUGGCAGAUCAGAAAGGGAAAGCUCCAAAAAAUAGCCAACAGGUGAUCAAUAAUUUGGGCCAGCAAAUACCUGAACUUUCAACACCCAUUGUGCCUGGCAUGCCGCCUAGCAUGGCAGCACAAGUUGUACAUUCAGCAGGCCGGCGCUUCAUAGUUAGCCCAGUGCCUGAAGCACGACUUCGGGAACCAUUCUUUGGGCCUCCUUCUGCCAACACAUCAUUUGAAGACUCUGCACCAGUUCCUUUGUCUGAUCCCACAUCAUCCAACAAUGUUCAGCAGAACCAAGCCAACUUGGCCCCUAGUUCUACCCAGAUUUCUGUGGUACCAGCCACACCUGGAGGCCUUGCCCCAGAGAGCUGUAAUCCUCCUACUUCUCAGUCUUUAUACCAGAGUCCUGUUUCAGCAGCCUCUACAACUCUGGCAGCUGUCACCACUCAAGGUUCCACUCCUCCAGCCGUCAGUCAGCAAACCAAAACAGGGAGGAUGUCUCCCUCCCCAGCCCCAGCUGAGUUAACACCCCAGCGUAGAUUAUCCCUUCCCAGCCCAAUUGCACCUUACCAGAGUCCCCAAACAGUUGUGGGUCAGCAGGCUGAGAGCAAUAGCUUGAUAAUCCCAACUAGUGGUGACCAAACUGUAGCCUCAAUCCAGCAGGUGCAAGUUGCCCCCUCCUCUGUCCCCGCAGUGCAGCCACCUGCGAUGGGAGAGGGUGAAAGUGAUUCCCAAGGGAAGCCACCUGGUAUUGAGGACAUUCAUGCAUUGGACCAAAAGCUGCGUUCCCUUUUCAAGGACACCUCACAGAGCUCCUCCACUUAUCCUGAUGGAUCUGGAGAGUCAGCUCCCACUUCUUCACCACCCAACACUAUCAGCACAAAUGCUCCUGGCUUAGUCUCUGUGCCACCUUCUAGUUUGUCUCUCAGCUCAAGCGGACACUUUGCACCUGGUGCUUUUGCUUCUGUUGGCCAGGCAGGAACACCUACAAGCUAUGCUCAGACACCAUCUUCAGAGCCUUCCCCACAAAGGCAACAGUCCUCUGUGGCUGUAAAUCAACCAGAUGGACAAACCAACGCUGAGGAAAAGCAGUCAGCAACAUCACCACCAGACAAAGGUUUCAGACUUGGCCGAUUUCAGGUUUCUGUGGCCAGUGAUCAGGACCCAGUCAGUGCUGCUCCAGAUCCAGCAGUCGUAAACUCUUCUUCCUCCAUCACCCCCUCUUCGACGACAUCAUCAUCCUCCUCCUCAACGUCAUCAAUCUCUAGCCCGGAGAACACUGUUCAUAAAUCUCAAACCUUGCCCAGGGCCAGCCCUAAUUCCAUCCCAGCUACCACUACAGUCGGCCGUUUUCAGGUGACCUCUAGCACUGACAUUGAUGUGGGCCGCAUCUCAGUGACUCCAGCAGAAGAGAGCAUAUCCUCUGUAAACUCUGCUGAUGUACUGGAAACCAGUCAAGAGUCUAAGAUGACUCCUUCAAGCAUGUCUAUUACCAGUCACUACCUCAGCAGUGAUAACGACUCCGAACCAGAGGAUGAGGGCUUGAAAAGAGAGAUGAACAGGCUGAGGGAGAGGCAUAUGGCUGAGAUCCAGAAAUUACAGAAUAAACAGAAAAAAGAGAUUGAAGAACUGUUUAGAAGUCUGGGCAAAACCCCGCCCUCUGUGGUGGUCCCUUCAACUGUAGCCAUAGCAGGAGGCAGGCGGAGACCCACUAAGAGCAAGGGGAAUAAAUCAAACCGUAGUGGCACUCAGGCCAGUUCUCUUCAACAAGGGAACAAACAAUCUGCACAGAGUGGUCAAAAUUCAGUCAACCCGUCAGCUGGGAAAGUUUCAACAGUAUUAAGCUCAAAUGCUCAAACACAAGGAACAACAAGUCCAGAAAGGGCAGAGAAUGGACAGAACCACGACCAGGACCAAGCACCUGCUACUAAUCUGCCACGCAAAGGCACAUUUACAGAUGACCUCCAUCAGCUGGUUGAUAACUGGGCCAGGGAUGCCAAGAACAAGAUGCCACAGAUUAAAAAAGGCUCCAAGAAGAAUGCACAAACCCAUGCCAUGAUGCCACGUAAAUACUCUGCGCCAGGUCAACUUUGCUCCAUGGGUGGCCACAUGCCAGCCACCAUGAACCCCUCAACAGGACGCAAGGGUUCACUGUGUCUGAGCAAUCCACAAUUUGGCUAUCCCUGCCCUGCAUACAGCAUGCCACAGUGGACUCAGGUGGGCCCACUGGCAUCUGCAGCUCCCACUGCAGGGCUACAGCAGGGCUUUCUCAUUCCCUCAGGAGCCCAAAAUUCUGGAAACAGGACCACUCAGGCAAGCUGAAACAGCUGUGGAGGGGUUGGGAUAAGAAAGUGAAGGGACAGGCUUUGCCUCAUGAUGUUGAGAUUUUAGGGUGGUUUUCAAGGGGCUAGUCCUUGGACAUCCCCUAACAGUGGCACAUUCAUUUAACAGUUUACAAGAGGUCUGUAUUAUGUGACUGUUCAUUGGAAUCCAACCAAACCUGCUGUUUAAAGGCAGUGUCGAUAGAAACGUUGGAAUGAGAUUUUUGGCCGAAUAGAUGAUUGUGUACAUUUAGACAACGAGGGAUGAAAGUAUUAGACUGGUUUAUGUUCUUGUUUUGGUUAAAUAUCAGAAAUAUAGCCUUAUAUCUUGCAGUAUGGAUCUUUAUUGUAAUAAAAUAAAAGUCAGCGGUGUAACCAGUGAACUACAGUGGGACCAGUGCUGCAAAAUAAAUCCAGCGAGGCAUCUGCUGUUUACCCUAAUACAAAAGAGAUACAUACUAGUAAGGGAAUGGAUAGACAGAGAGGGAAAGAUGACUAUGCUACCAACACAAGUUUAAACAGGUGCUGACAAUGUGUAUCCUACAUGUAUGAGUUUAGAAAGAUGGGAAGAUUGAUAAGAAGGUAGGGAUGCUGGAAUAACAAAUUGAUGUUCACUGGGAAACUGCAUUUUAGAGAAAUGUAUGGCUUCAUUACUCUGUAAUAGACCUUAUUCACGUUAGCACCAUCUUUGAUUUUUAAUGGGAAUGACAACGAGGCUGUGAAGGAUAGACUUACCAUCUCUUCAAUGGGAUCUACUGCAGUUUAAAGUGUUUUUGGAUCAUUCCGUGGACAAAACAUUGAUAAAAUAUCUGUCCAAGAACAUUCAGUAUACAAAGAACUCCAAACAGCAUGGGUUGUGGAAAAUCAGAUGUGAUCUAGGAGCUUUAUACUGUUCGUGCCAUUGAAGAGAUGGUAAGUCUAUCCCUCACAGCCUAGAUGUCAUUCCCAUUUAAAAUCAAAGAUGGCGCUAACGUGAAUACGGUCUAUUAUGGAAAGUAUUGGGGGUCUUCUCUUUACUCUAAAAUGUACUUUUCAAAAGAAGUUGGAGUAGAAUGGACAAAGAUUUGCAGUUGAGGAAGGUUAAAGCAGGGUUUUAUAGCUCUUCAUACUUAAACAUAUUUCAUAGCUUUGUUCAUUUGUGACUUUUUAUAUCAUUUAUGAAAAAAAAAAAAAAAAAUACUGUGUAUCUAAUAUAAACAGUCACCACUUAAUCCUGUCCCCACCAUUAUUUUUGUAUCUAGGUGGAUGGAGAGCUUAAUUUGGUUAUGGGAGGGCAUCCUUUCAGCCUCUGUUAAUGAAGCAUAUUUCAUCAAAUCACAAUGUUGUUGUCACUUUGAAUGAAGCUAGCCUUAAUCCACAGGAUUAUGUCUUCCCAUCUGACAAAAGUUCAUAGCCCAUGCAAACCUCUGGAGGUGAAUGAAAUAUGAAUUGCAUUCACUUGAUUUUGGCCACUAACUAAAAUAGGAUACAUGUUCUCACAUUUUAUCCAUGGAAAAAGUGUUGUUUAAUAUUUAAAGAUUCAACAUGGUGCAUUUUCAGCUGCAGCAAGAAAGGAAGUACAGUGUUAAGCUACAGCACCAAUUUGUCUUCAUAUUACUCCCCCAAAAUAAUUUUUAUUAAGCCACAAAUUGAGUGCCAAUUGUUUGCAGAAGUGAUUUCCUCUCACCUCUGAAAUGAGCCACUUGACUUCUCUAGAGAAGGAAAUUGUUACUGCAAUGCAGAAUAUGCACCGUUUAAAGGUUUAACAGACUGAGGAGGUUUACUUGUUUCUUUUGAUACUUGAGUGCACAAAUCUGUCUGUCUGUAAAUCCUCUUUAAUUGACCAAAACCACAUUAAUUAAAACUUUUAAAAUACCACUAAUAAUCACAAGCACACACUCCAGUUGUCAGUCACAUUACUAUUUCUGAAAACUGCAUGUUUUCACAACCUAACUCACACCUGUUCCUGUAGACAAACAGCAUUACAUUUAUGUGGUCAAGCGAGAGGAAAAAAGAAAAAUUGCUGCUGAUAAUGUGUUUGUCAAUUAUUUUCAGCCAGAGUCUUUUUGGUGACUAUGGUUUUAUCAGUCUUGUUAAAAAAAAAAAAAAAAAAUUAUAUAUUUAAAAGGCUUAAUAAAACAUUUUUGACUUUA